AGUGUAGACUUGCUUCCCGGUCAUCACAGAAGCUGGGAGACUUGGGCUCAUGGCUGUGACAUCAGUUCUCGGGCCUCAGUUUAUUCAUUUGUAAACACCGGGCGUGCGUAUCCAGAUGCUGGCCGAGGUCCCGCCACGUUCUGGAAGCCGAGCUCAUUCCCUGCUGCCGCCCACGCUCUCGCCCUCUCGGGCUUUCCGGGUCUCCCGCCGCCAUCUCUUCCUGGUGGCCGCUCAGAUGGGAGGAAAUCCAGGCCGCCCCUCAGAGCAGCAGCCCGAGACCGCAGGCCCUGCCAGGGCUGGCCCCGGCGCUCUGCCCUCACAAAGAACCCUCUAAUUUCAGGCAGCCCAAACGCCGCUACAGCAAAUGAUACUUUGGCUCCACUUGCGCCGCAUUCCAAGGCCAUCCCUGUCUGGGGACGAGCUCUGGGCAUUCGGAGGAGACGCCGAGACGGACUGCAGGAACUUGGGGUCGGGGCGGCCGAUCAGGGCGAGAACAUGAGCCUCCUCCGUCAGCUCUCCGUCGCUUUCUUCUUCUUGGCGGCCGCCGUCUCUGGUCAGCACGACCCGUACCAAGUGGACGAGGAAUACGACGACGAAGGGGGCGACGCGCACUCGCCCGCGUUUUACUUCCGUGCAGACCGAGACGACGACGACGACGACGAGGCCUCUGCCCGCCCCAGUCCGUUCGGCUGUGCCGCCGAAUGCUUCUGCCCGCUGGCCUUCCCGACGGCCAUGUACUGCGACAACCGCCAGCUCAAGACCGUCCCGACGAUCCCGCCGCACAUCCAACAAGUCUAUCUUCAGUUCAACGACAUAGAAGCCGUGAGCAGCCGCUCCUUCGCCAACGCCACCGGCCUGAGGGAAAUCCACCUGGGCCACAACAAGAUCCGGUCUCCCAAGAUGGAGCGCGACGCCUUCGGCGCGCUGCGCAGCCUGCGGCAGCUGCACCUGGAUCACAACGGCCUGGAAGACUUCCCGGGCCCUCUCCCCGGCUCUGUGGAGAGCCUCCUCCUGGGCCACAACGAGAUCUCCCGAGUGGCGGAGCACGCCCUGCGGGCCUUGCCCAAUCUGACCACGCUGGACCUCGGCCACAACCGGCUGCACGACGCCUCGUUCAAAGGGACGCUUUCCCAGAGCGCCAACCUGAGGCAGCUGAACUUGGGCAGCAACAGGCUGCGCUCGCUGCCUCCCUGGCUGCCUCCCUCGCUCCUGCAGCUGUCUCUGGAAAACAAUUCCGUGGCGCUGGUCCCGGACAAGUACUUCCAAAGAUUCCCCAACCUUCUGGCGCUGAGGAUAUCCCACAACCAGCUGAGAGACGUUCCCUACGACGUCUUCAACGUCUCCAGCCUCGUGGAGCUCCACGCCGGCCAUAACCGCCUGCGGCGAGCCUUCUACGUCCCGAGGAGCUUGGAGCACCUGUACCUGGAAGGCAACGAGAUGGAGCACAUCAACGUCUCCCUGAUGUGUCCGUCCGUUGAUCCGCUCCAUUAUCACCGCUUAACCUACCUCCGCCUGGACCAAAAUCGGCUCCAGGAGCCGAUCGGCUCCUCCGUCUUCUCGUGCUUCCCCUACAUCCACAGCAUUUAUUACGGUGAGCAGAGAAGGCCCGACGGGCAGACGGUGCACCUCAAGACCCAGCUGUUCCGCAGCUUUCGGGCUGACGACGAAGAAGAGGAGGACGCAGAGGGAAGAGACCCCGAAGGGCAGGAGCCGGCCGGCCCGGCAGAGGAUCCCUACUUGGAUCCCUCCUUCUAUUGAGCUGCCCCAGCACGAGGCUGACGUGGGGCUGCCUCUUCCCUCCCCCAGGCUCACCAGCCCCUGCUGAGGCGGCGGCCCUCCUUCUCCCCUCUCGCGACUACAAAUAAACACAAGCCAGCAUCGCUCCGA